UUCUAAGCUUAGAAUGUAGAAAGACAGCUCCUUUAUUAACUGGAUGAUAAAUGUAAGUUAAAUCUUGCUUUAGUUUUUAAUUAAACCUUUAAUUUAUUUUUAUUUUAUUUUUCUGUAAGAUAUUAGACAUAUGUACAAUUUUAUUAACUUCCAGAUGGAAAGCUAGUUGUGGCAACCCAUUUAUAUAAUAAUGUAUCUUUUCCCCACGUAAGUCUCUAAUUACUUGUCUCUCCAUUAGUCUGCAAGAUUACUGAGGUUAGGGACUAUUUUUUAAGCAGCCUUGUAUUCUUAUAAUCUCUGAAUGUACUGGAACAUGAUAAGUCAUAAUGCCUAUUUGUUGAGUGAAUAAACAAAUCACCUUAAGAUUUUAGGAAGCCACUAGUAAUAAUCCCAUUUACAGGUAGGUUUGUUCUGAACUCUGAAAUAAGAUGUAGAGAAGAACCUAUGGAACAAAGGAGCAAUGUGACUGAGUUUGUCCUCUUGGGGCUCAUUCAGAGCCCCCAGGGUCAGAAAAUAUUAUUUGUAGUGUUCUUGCUCCUCUAUAUUGUGACAAUGGUGGGCAACCUACUUGUUGUCCUGACUGUGGUGGUCAGCCCAACCCUAGAUGCCCCUAUGUACUUCUUUCUUGGCUACUUAUCAUUUAUGGAUACUGUUUAUUCUACUACAGUCAUCCCAAAUAUGAUUAUAGACUUACUCUAUGAGAAGAAAACUAUUUCCUUCCAAGCUUGCAUGAGCCCGCUUUUUAUAUGGCACUUAUCUGGUGGUGCUGAGAUUUUACUCCUGGUGGUCAUGGCCUAUGACCGCUAUGUGGGCAUCUGCAAACCCUUGCAUUAUUUGACAAUCAUGAAUCAACGGAUGCGUGUUCUGCUGCUUCUGUUGGCCUGGGCUGGAGCUUUUUUGCAUGCUAUAGUUAAACUUCUCUUGGUUUAUAACCUGCCCUUCUGUGGCCCCAAGGUCAUCGACCACUUCAUCUGUGACAUGUACCCAUUAUUAAAACUUGCCUGCACUGACACCUACAUUGUUGGUCUCACUGUGGUUGCCAAUGAUGGGGCAAUCUGUGUGGUCACUUUUAUGCUCAUACUCAUAUCCUAUGGGGUCAUUCUGCACUCCCUGAAGAAUCUUACUCAGGAAGGGAGGUGCAAAGCCUUAUCCACCUGUGGCUCCCACAUCACUGUGGUGGUCCUCUUCUUUGUUCCCUGUAUUUUUGUGUAUGUGAGACCUCCUUCUACCUCACCCAUUGAUAAAUGCUUGACUGUGUUUUAUGCUAUCAUCACCCCUAUGUUGAACCCCUUAAUCUACACUCUGAGAAAUGCAGAGAUGAAAAAUGCCAUGAAAAAGAUCUGGACAAGAAAAAGAAAAUGAGCCAGCAGAGAAAUGUACUACAUCUUUUCAAUGAAGAAUUGCUCCUUCCAGGAAAGUCAUGUGUGAUUAUUUAACUGUAGUAAAUUUCUCCUCAUAUUUAAUAACUUGGGCAUGAUGAUAAACAUGUAUUACCUAAA